UUUCACCGACGUGCAAGGUGAACGAGGCAUACUCUCCUCUGCAAUAUUCAUCUGUGUCAGUGUGAGAGGAAAAAAAAGAAUUUAUCAUUCAUCAAAACGAGGACAAAGAUAAAGUCAGUGGAAUUUGCAGCGUUGACUCAAGUCAGUGGAAUUUUUUUUGAAAUAUCAACCAAAAGGCGCAAGCGCUACGUCGUCCUAACUUGCGUCAGGGGGGUGCGGUUGUUACCAUGGAUCCCAGUGUACUCGCCACCAUGGACAAAGACGCACUGAAGAAGCAGAUUGAGAACAUGAAGUACCAAGCGACCAUGGAACGGUGGCCAUUAUCAAAGAGCAUAGCGGCGAUGCGAGAGUACGUCGAGGAGAACGAGAAGAAUGAUCCGCUGAUUCAUGCACCUGACAAGAAGAACAAUCCCUGGGCUGAGAAAGGAAAGUGCAUAAUCAUGUAAAAGACGAGUAGCUAAUGCGUAAAACAAUAUCAAUGAAUAUAAUGUGAAGUUGAGGUACAGGAUGAGAAAAGAAAAAAAAAACCACCAAAUCACAAUGAGAGAAUCGACCAUGCGUGUUUUAUAAGAUAAUUAUUCUUAUGAGUAGUUGAAGAAUGUAGAGUGGAUUGGGCAAAUGAUUCAGAGCGUGGAGUGAAUCGAGGAUAGGGAAUAGCUUCGAGGAGCCAAAUUCACACAGUGAUCAAUGGAGAGGUCUCCGUUGUGCUGAUUUGUCAAAGAAUAAUGGAAAAUUCGUUUGGAAUUUUAAAACUCAAUUCUCCCAUGAUCAGCACUGAAAAUAUUGCAUUCAAAGUGAAUUGGCACUGUGUGAUUUACGGAACUCCGUCAGGCGGAACGAGGAAUUUGUGGGAAUGAAUGAAAGGAAUUAUUCAUAAAAUUAUAACACAUUUUAGCCACUUUCAUCACGUCGCCAAUUACUUACCAUCACAACAGCGAUUGAUCCUGUCGAUUAUUAAAGACUUAAUUGAAAUUGAAUAAAAUGUCAUUCAGUAAAUCUAACGCUCGUGGUAUGACACGAGUAAAUCGAAAUAUUCUUACUACUCGUAAUUGUUAAGACAACAAUCAUCUCAUUGGAUUGAAUUUAAUGAAUUUUAGCUGAGAUAAUCGAUAAACCAGAAACAACUGUAUUCAUCAUUUGCACUAUCAUGAGUAUCUACUCAGUAAUUAACUAAUUAUUAAUUGUAAAAGAUGAAGUUUAACCAACAAACGACUUAGGCAAGAAGUUAAUAAAUAACACAUAUUAUAUAUAUUCAUAUACGUUAUUAUUAAUGAUAACAAUGCGACUUGAUAAUAAUAUAAUGGCGUGAUUUCUUACGAAAAAAUAAACCAUUUUGUCAUGUGUUAGUUCGGACAGGGAGAAUAUGAUUAACAGUCGAAAUUGUCUAUUGACCUCAAACUGAUGGAACGAUUGAAUAGGUGUAUUGCUCGUUAACACAAUCACUCAUCCAUUCACACCGAAUAUUAGCGUGAAACUGAUGCGUACGAUGAAUCAAUACGUUUGGGUUAUUGCUCCUUACUGCCGUUGUGACGAGAAUUAAUGAAAUAAAUAAAUAAACAAAAUCGUGAGACAGUGAAACUGUGGUACAUGAUAAUUUCAAUGAUUUUGUCCAAUGUCUGUCGCUCAAUGCAAUCAGCAAGUGACAAGAGUUCGAGUCACGAUGACAAUGCUUUCCACUGAUGGGAAAAUUGAUUCAAUCAACGAAUUGACGAUUGUCUCUGUAUCUUGAUGAACUGAUGAAUCAAAUUUAAUUGCUCCACUCGCUGGUGUUUUGUCGUGCUUGACGAUGUUUGGUAAAUCGAUUGAACAGCGAAUACAUUUGUUUUGAGAUAUCGCAACAUCAAUUGUUCCGGAAAUGUUUCGUAUUUGUCAAAACCGCUCGCCAGGGUUGAAAUACAGGGGUGAAAACAUGAUUUUGAGACCAAAGUUUAAGUAAAAUAAUUUUUCUUUCCAA